AUGACAUCGGAAGGCGACGCGUCCAGUGCGGAAGAUAGGGUUGCUUUGAGGUCCGCUCCGGUAUCCUCGUCGGCUUCAUCCCGACCAAAGACCAAACCUACAGCCUGCCGUAGGUGUCACUCUCGCAAAGUGAGGUGUUCGGGUGGUCAACCGUGUGAGAAUUGUCGCCAAGCAAGCAAGGGCAUAGAAUGCACGUACCCUCGACGAAACCGCAUGGUCAAAGUUAGCCAACGCUACAUCGAUGACCUCAUUGCCGAAAAUCAACGGUUGAAGAGCAAUGACAGCAUUGGAAGUCAACCUCGAGCAGCCAACCUGCUCCCAGACAUCGCAGUUGUUGCCCCGGUAAAAGAGACAGCAGACAGCAAUGCAACUGCCAUACCAGCGCCAUCGCUUGAUGAACGACCAUGGUUCUUCGACAUGAAUAUUCCGCACACGCCAAUCCUCAUUGGCGAGGCCUCAGACGCCGCAUUUGCUACCCGCUUCCGCCAAGCAAUCUCAUCAGCUGAGAGCAGUCACAUCCCGCGGGUGAACUAUGCCACAGAUGAAAGGCUGCUCGCUCUGUCUGAUACAGACUGCCCUUGGCCUAGCCCGGCAAGAGCACGUUUUCUUGUCGGAGUUGCCUUGAGAUAUGUCAGCCGCUGCUACCACAUUAUCCGAAAGAGCUCUAUUCUGGAUGCCUUGGAACAGACACUUCAGAACCCAGCUGAAAGCGAUUCCCUUCUCAAAAGUAAGCUGUGGGCAAUGUUUGCUAUUGGCGCCAUGUACUCGACCCGGUCUGCUACGUCGGAAAAGCACUUCCCUGGCAUGGGCUACUUUGCACGGGCAACCCGCAUCUUGCGUAUCUCUUUUUACUCCCUUGCGCUCAACCGACGACAUACUGCCUACACCUUUGCCGGCUCCGCAACCAGGCUUGCCGUUGUCAUGGGCCUUCAUCUGAACGUUCCCGAAUCUCAACUCAGGGACGCAGCCGCCCGGGAGCACAGAGUUAGGGUAUGGUGGACAGCCUACAUCUUUGACAGGAUGUGGGCAGCCAAGUUAAGCCACCCAGUUGCCGUCCAAGACAUCGAUAUUGAAGUGGAUUUGCCAUCGAACCCGGUUGUCGACGAUAAUAUAGCGGAUGACUUUGCCGAUGCAUCCUACUUCGUUGCCAGUGUCAAGCUCGCCGGUUUACUGGGGAAGGUGGUGCCUUCCAUAUAUCGAAGAAGAGCACAAGACACAUCAUUAUCCCACAGGGUUCAAGAGGCAUUGAAGGAUCUCCGUGGGUGGUCGGCGGAGUUACCACCGCAGCUUCACAUUGACUCAAAGCCUACAUCGGAAAGAAUGCCAAAGCCAAUCUCGCUGCAUCUCAACUUCAAUCAGUGCGCUAUCAGCACUACCCGUCCGAUUUUACUCCACGUGCUGCGAACACAUGUAGCAUCUUGGGGAACACCAGAGACCCCAGAACCUCGAGUCCCGGCCACCGCCAUGACUCUCGCAGAAACUUGCAUCCGCUGCGCUCGUCAUACCUGUCGACUUCUGACGGAAUGUUGGAUCGACGGCUCUUUUGCAACGUUUGACUACUUCUACACCCAGUACCUCUUCUCAGCCGCCACCAUCCUAGCGGCAUCUAGCCUUCUAAGCGGAAAGGAGAGCCACAACGAUAGGGAACAAUUUGAAGAAGCUGCUCAAUUCUUGUCUCAGCUGAAAGAUAAUGGCAACUAUGCAGCCGAGGAGUUCUGCCAUCACAUCGACGCUAUGAAGCCUACAAUGGCCGCAGCUCAUAUACGCCGUGGUGAUUUCGCCAUGGCGGCAGACUCGACGGCUUUGCUGAACGAUACGACGGCUGCUUUCACGGAUGCUGCAGUCAGUCUCAAUCAACCUUUCGCGGAGCAAAACACGACCGCUGGUAUGGCACUUAAUGAACCGUCGUUGCAGGAGCUUCUGGCGCAGCCACUUCUCGACUUGCAGUUCAUAGAUGCAUCGAUCUACCAUGAUGGGGCUCAGGGCCUUUACUGGCCAGACUUCAGCCCGGAGUCAUGGACGCCCGAAACGUGGACAGCAACUUGA